UCCAGAGCUGGGAUGCAGCGAAUCCUUGGUGGCCAAGCAAAGUAGGCACACGGAGACCGAGACCGCUGGGAACCUCCAAGGGAUCUCUUUUGGAAGUUGGAAAACCCGGAGAUGCGUUAGAAUUCCCGGCCCUCCCUUUCCCAAGGUAUGGUGUGAAUAUGCGUUGCUUGGCAGCUCGGGUCAACUACAAGACUCUGCUGGUGGUGUGCGCGCUGCUGACGCUGCUGAUGGUGCUGCUGUGGAACCGCUGCUCCCCCGGCACGGCCGGCCCCUUCCCGCGGAUCCCACCGGGCCCGGAGCGCCGCGGCGGCGCCGAGGAGGAGCCCCGGGGGCACAGUGAGGACACCUCCCCCCAGGAGCAGCAGAAGGCACCCCCCGUGGCCGGGGCUGGGGCCGGGGCCGGCAGAGCCCCCGCGCCCAAGUACGAGGAGAUUGACUGUGUGAUCAACGAGGAGCACACCGUGAAGGGCCGGAGGGAGGGCAACGAGGUGUUCCUGCCCUUCAGCUGGGUAGAGAAAUACUUUGAGGUUUAUGGGAAAAUUGCUCAGUACGAUGGUUAUGACAGGUUUGAAUUCUCUCAUAGCUACUCCAAAGUAUACACACAGCGGGCUCCCUACCACCCCGACGGGGUCUUCAUGUCCUUCGAGGGCUACAACGUCGAGGUCCGGGACAGGGUCAAGUGCAUCAGCGGGGUUGAAGGAGUUCCCCUCUCCACCCAGUGGGGCCCCCAGGGCUACUUCUACCCCAUCCAGAUCGCCCAGUACGGGCUGAGCCACUACAGCAAGAACCUGACGGAGAAGGCGCCGCACGUCGAGGUGUACGAGACGGCCGAGGACAAGGACAGGGGCAGGGCUGGGGACUGGACCGUGCCCAAGGGCUGCUCCCUGGCCACAGUGUGGGACAAAGCCAGGCUCACCGGGGUCAAACAGUUCUCUGCUCCAGACGCCAGCGAGGGGGUGUCCCUGCAGCUGGGGAACAGCCGGGACUUCAUCAUCUCCUUCGACCUCAAGUUCGUGACCAACGGCAGCGUCUCGGUGGUGCUGGAGACGACGGAGAAGAACCAGCUGUUCACGGUGCACUACGUGACCAACACGCAGCUCAUCGCCUUCCGCGACAGGGACAUCUACUACGGCAUCGGGGCGCGCACCGGCUGGAGCACCCUGACCAGGGACCUGCUCACCGACCUGCGCAAGGGCGUGGGGCUCUCCAACACCAAGGCCGUGAAGCAGACCAAGAUCAUGCCCAAGCGGGUGGUCAGGCUGGUGGCCAAGGGCAGGGGCUUCCUGGACAACGUCACCAUCUCGGCCACGGCGCACAUGGCCGCCUUCUUCGCCGCCAGCGACUGGCUGGUGAGGAACCAGGACGAGCGGGGCGGGUGGCCCAUCAUGGUGACCAGGAAGCUGGGGGAGGGCUUCAAGUCCCUGGAGCCGGGGUGGUACUCGGCCAUGGCGCAGGGCCAGGCCAUGUCCACGCUGGUGCGGGCCUACCUGCUGACGCGCGACGCCGCCUUCCUGGGCGCGGCCCUCAGGGCCACCGCGCCCUACAAGCUGCCGGCGGAGCAGCGCGGCGUCAAGGCCGUGUUCAUGAACCGGCACGACUGGUACGAGGAGUACCCCACGUCCCCCAGCUCCUUCGUGCUCAACGGCUUCAUGUACUCGCUCAUCGGGCUCUACGACCUGAAGGAGACGGCGGGCGAGAAGCUGGGCCGCGAGGCGCGGCUGCUCUACGAGCGCGGCAUGGAGUCCCUCAAGGCCAUGCUGCCGCUCUACGACACCGGCUCGGGCACCAUCUACGACCUGCGCCACUUCAUGCUGGGCACGGCCCCCAACCUGGCCCGCUGGGACUACCACACCACCCACAUCAACCAGCUGCAGCUCCUCAGCACCAUCGACGACUCGCCCAUCUUCAAGGAGUUCGUCAAGAGGUGGAAGAGUUACCUGCGGGGCGGGCGGGCCAAGCACAACUGAGCUGCCACCAAAGCCACCUGCCGGGUGAUGGCCCCGCUCCCCUCCGGACCUGUCAAAGAAGUGAUCCUUAGAACUGCUCUCCCGAAAUCCUCGCAUUCCGGAGUGGGAACCUUCGGGGUUCGAGGGGCUGGGGCCGGGGAGCGUCACCCGUCCUCCGCGCUCCGUGCUCCUGAGUUUGAGGCCGGGUUUUGUUGGGUUUUAGUUUUCCUUUUUUACAGGGAAAUGUUUGCAGAAGCCAUAGAGGUCUCGAAAGCCCAGGCCUUGCCUGAAGAGUUAAUCCGUGGCCUCUCAAAGUGAGUUUAUGAUGUGUCUCUGUGGGAGCAGCUCCUGUGGUGUGACGCCGUCGAUGUGACUUCACUCGUAGCCCGGGUAGUGCACAGUGUAUCUUUUAAAGGUUGGGGGGGGUGUUUUUUAAUCGGAAUUUUAUUUCUUGGGGUGAAAAAUACACAUUUUUUUAAGUUUUUCCCAGUCCUCUGGCUGGAGAUCCCUUAGCUGCAGGGUUCCUUCCCAGACGUGCGGGCGGAGAAGGCGCGGCCGGCGCCACGUAAGCACAACUCGGUGGGCUCCCACAGCCCCCAGAGCCUGAGCCUCAUCACCCCAGAGUCACCAUCACCCCUCACUGGUGUCACCCCGGAGCUGGGAUCCCUCGUCUGGAGCCUGAUGUCUUGUCUUGGGUUUUGUAAUUCCCUCUGGGAGGUUUCUGGGAGCUUUGGCUGCUUCUAUUUGGGGAGGCUCGUCGGGAGUUGCUGAGUGGGACGUGGGGCCCAUCCUGAGUCACACAGGAAGGUC